AUGGACGCGCAAAAGCCGGCGUGCUCAGGAGAGCACGCGGAGGAGGACUCAGCCAGCCGCAGUGACAGGCUAGAGGAGCAGCAGCAGGAGCCGCUGCAGCAGCAAGAGGAUCAGCAGCAAAAUCUGGAACAAAAGCAAGCAACGCAGCACCCGCGGCACCAACCGCAGCCGCAGCAGCUGCAGGAGUCCCUCGAGCUGCUUCACGUGAACCCGGAAAGAGGCGAGUACGGGUCGCCGCAGCAGCAGCAGCAGCAAGGGGAGGAGCAGGAGCAGCAGCAGGGGGCAGUUGUGGCGCCUCCGUGUAACGGAGCCGCCGACGAGCUGACGCAGCAGCUGCAGCGCCUGCAGCACCUGCUGCUGGCCGGGCAGAGCAACAGCAACAUACGGCAAUUCCUGGGCGCUGCUCUUGCUGCUGUUGCUGCUUCGGGCGGCCCCUCGAGGGCCCCCCCUGAGGAGCUCGCUCCCGAGAGCAGCAGCUGGCGCCUCUCGCUGGGAGGCAGAAGCAGCAGCGGCAACAACGACGGCAGCAGCAACGGCGGCGGAGAGGAGCAGCAAGAUGCUCCCCCGUCACAACUUGACGAGCCCUUUGCUGCAGCGCGGCAGCCUCGAGAUUGGCUGCGGGGCCAUCUCGAGGGCUGCAGCUCCGAGCAGCAGCUGCUGCACGAAGUGGUGCAGCAGCGGCCGAGGCCCAUAGGCCGUCCGGAGGGCGCCAGGCCAGCGCCUGUGGGGCCCCCUGCGGGGCCCCCUGCGGGGGCCCCCCAGGGGCCACCCCCGGGGCCCCCCGUGGGGCCCCCAAUGGGGGCCUCCCCUAUGGCCCUCGGCGACCCCCCGUCCCCCGUGGGGCUCCCCCUCGUGGACCCCAACUGGCUGGGGGCCCCCAGCCCCUGCCAGGCUGUGCCUUUGGUAGUGCCUGGGGGGGAUUUGCUGUGGCGGUACAGCUCCUCUGCAGCAGAGGAGGCGUGGGGCCCCCGGGGGCCCCUGACGGAGGGGCCCCAGGGCUUUUUGGACUUUCCGCAGAGCCAGGGGCUGCAGCCGCAGGGGGGCCCCCUCAACUUCCCGGGGGGUGACCCCCAGUGGCCCCAGCCCAGGGGAAUUUCCCCAGGAUUCCACGCAGCAGCAGCAGCAGCAGCAGCAGCAGCAGAAGAGGCCCCGGUGACCCCCAGGUACCGGCUGAGCCCCAUGGUGCUACACGCCUACCAGUGCAGGACAGGGGCCGCGGGCGGCUGCUUCCCGCCCGCAGAGGAAAGGGAAGCUGCUGCUGCUGCUGCUGCUGCUGCUCAGGGGCACCCCAGGGCCUCUUCCGAGCGGCUGGCGCAGCGGCCAGAUGCCUACAGGGGGGGCCGCUCGCCGCUGCGCUACGCGCAGCGGCUCUCGCAGUGCAGCAGCAUGGGGCACAACAGCGGGAGUCACUUCCCAGAGGGCCCCCUGGGGGCCCCCGGAGGCGUGGUGGAGCAGCAGCAGCAGCCGCAGCAGCAGCUGCAGCGGCCGCAGCGCAGGGUGGGGGGCCUCGGCCCGGCGCCGCGGUCGGCCACCCGGGGCAAGCAAGUGUUCUACUACUGCCCCUCGUGUUUAGAAGCUUUUCCUCCGUCUUCUUUGUCUCUUUUUGCUGCACAUAUCUCGCAAAAGGGACACAUAGUGCAGCAGCUGCAGCGGCUGCGGGGCCCAGACGGCUACUUCCAGUGCCCCAAGUGCACCUGCAAAGGCAGUGACCUCUUGGGGCUGCUGCGCCACUGGCACGAGGGGGGUGCAGCUCACCACGGGCAGAAGGUGUUAAAGCACAUUCGUUCGAAAGACGUGCCCCCCGGGUACGCUGCGCUGGACGCAGUGCAGCUGCAGCAGCAGCUACAGCAGCAGCUGCAGCAGCAGCUCCAGCACCAGCAGUACGCGCACCAGCUCCAGCACCACCACCGCCACCCCCAGCCCCACCACAGACUUCUCAUGCACCACGAAGCUUCCGCAGAGUCGCCGGGGGGCCAUGUGGACUCCCUGGCAUUUGGAGGAGGGGCUCCACGGCAGCCCCACCAUCUACACCACCUCCAGCAGCUCCAGCAGCUGCAGCAGCAGCAGCACCAGCUGCAGCAGCAGCAGCAGCAGCAACAGCUGCAGCAGCAGCAGCACCUGCAGCAGCUGCAGCAGCUGCAGCAGCUGCAGCAGCAGCAACAGCCGCUUGCUGCGCACCAGGGGGGCCCCGGCGUAUACAGCGGGCACCGCGAGAGGGGCCCCCACCCUUGCCGCAGCCCAACCCGCAGCGUGGGCGAAGAGGCCCUCUUCAAGGGCACAGCCCCAGGGGCCUCUGCUGGCAACCUGCAGUCUAAGGGAAUUCAGGGCACGGAGAUAAGAAGCACCACCGUGAGCCAGCGAAGCAGCGCGUUGAGCGACGAGAGCGAAGACAAGCUGCAGCGGCGGGAGCAGCGGCAGCGAAUGCAGCAGCAGCAGCAGCAGCCGCAGCCCCAGACGCAGACGCAGCCACACCAGCAGCAGCAGCAGCAACCCGAAACUCCCAGUUCCCUUGUGAGGACGGACGGGCGGCCGGCUGACGGCGGGGUCCUCUCGGGGGGCUUCGCUGCAGCAGAAGAGGCCCCCAGGGGCCCCAGGGGCCCCAAUGGCAACGGGAACUACCAUAGGGGGCCCCACAGCUUUGUGCCUCACGGCACCGGUGUUUGGGGCGGAGGCGUGCGAGCCUUCAUGUCUGGGCAAAGGUCGGAUCCUCGGCAGCUGCACCGGAAGCAGCAGCAUCAGGAGCAGCAGCAGCAGCCGCAGCAGCGCGGGUUCACCUUCUCCGCUCAAGACUUUCCCUCCUUGAAGCCCAGGCCGCACGCAGGCCUUCAGCAGCAGCGGGAGGACGAGCAGCAGCAGCAAGAACAUCAGGAGGAAGCAGCCAGCGGCUGCUCACAAAACAGCUUGCUGCUCUUUGGGGCCCUUCUCCAAGGGCGGUGGGCGGGCGACCACAGCCCCUGGCUGUUCGGUUCCGCCGCGCCACAUCACCAGCAGCAAACGCAGCAACAGCAGCUGCAGCAUCAACAGCAGCCGCAGCAACAGCAGCAGCAACAGCAGCAGCAAGAGCCGCAGCAACAGCAGCAGCAACAACCGUCGGAGCGGCAGGAGCAGGCCUAA